AUGAUCAGGGCACUCGCAGUUCUUGCCGAGAGAUUGGGGCGCUGUUCUGGGAGUGUCGUAGAGUCGAAUUAUAAUGAAUGGGUUAUUAGACAAGACUUGAAACGACAAAUCGCGGAGAAAGGGAGUGGUAUCCAAGAAUUACGAAGGUUAGAUCGAAGAUCACAUGGUGCGAUGGUCAAACUCAUGCUCAUUGAUGCAGAGAUCAUGGAUUUCAUAUUGGAAAUGGAGGAGGGAAAAGAAGAAGUCGAGAGAUUACGAGCAUUCGUGGCUCAAAGAAUGAAGUUUGCGGAACGUCAAUUGGAGGGCCAAAACCUCUCUCCACAAACGAUAUCUGGAUUUAUCGAUAGUUGGGGUCUGAUGGGGUAG